GGGGCCGGGGCGACCUGGACCUGGUGCCGACCGCCGCGGUCUGGGCGCCCGAGGUGGCCGUCGGUCUGGGUCGCAGGCUCCAGCCCAGAGCGGAGACGCGCUUCCUCUUCCGCAUUCCCAGGCGUCCGGAGGAGAGGGUACAAGUUCGGGGUCCCCGCGAGUCCGAGUCUCCGCGAGUCCCGGGUCUGAGCAGACUCGGCGCGUCCGGCUGCUCUAGCCGCACUCCGGGCGCACGGGCCGGAGGGCGCGGGAAAAAGGGAGGGGUGCCUCCUGCCGGAAGAUGAGGAAGCCCGACGGGAAGAUCGUACUUUUGGGGGACAUGAACGUGGGCAAGACGUCGCUGCUGCAGAGGUACAUGGAGCGGCGCUUCCCGGACACGGUCAGCACGGUGGGCGGUGCCUUCUACCUGAAGCAGUGGCGCUCCUACAACAUCUCCAUCUGGGACACUGCAGGGCGCGAGCAGUUCCAUGGCCUGGGCUCCAUGUACUGCCGGGGGGCGGCCGCCGUCAUCCUCACCUACGACGUGAACCAUGCCCAGAGCCUCCUGGAGCUGGAGGACAGGUUCUUGGGCCUGACGGACACGGCCAGCGCCGACUGCCUCUUCGCCAUCGUGGGAAACAAGGUGGACCUGAGUGAGGAGGGGCCCGGGGAGGGCGGCCAGGAAGGAGGGCAGGGCCCUGGGCUGGCUGGCGGCGGCGGCUGUGCAGCCCCCAGGCUGCCGAAGCAGGUGCAGCCGGAGGACGCGAUGGCCUUUUACAAAAAGAUCCUCAAGUACAAGAUGCUGGAUGAAAAGGACGUGCCGGCCGCGGAGCAGAUGUGCUUCGAGACCAGCGCCAAGACCGGGCACAACGUGGAUCUGCUGUUCGAAACCCUGUUCGACAUGGUGGUGCCUGUGAUCCUGCAGCAGAGGGCCCAGGGGCCGCCGCAGACCGUGGACAUCACCAGCUCCAGGCCGCCCGCACGGACCAGAUCUGGGUGCUGCGCCUGACGUGCCCAGGCCCGGCCCCCCAGGGUGCACGGACGGUCAGAGGAGAAGAUCGGGGGUCACUUUGUAGAACUGCACUCGGAGGAGGAGACCGGGUGGAAAUGCCAGCCAGUAGCGAAGGUCCCCGUGACUGGUCCCCCACGUACAUCGCUGCCCUGGGAGGUGGGGAGUGGACGAACCGUCCAGGGGAGCCCCCUGCAGAGCCGGGUUCCCAGAGACCGCCGUCCCCUGGCUGCCCCGUCUUCACACCUGGCCUCUGACGGAAGGUUUUCGGCUGUCUCGGCACCUGUGUGACUUUCAAACGUUUCUGCUCACUGUGAUUUAUCUUCGGUCCUACUGUUCGGUACUUGUACCCUGAUGCAUCGUAAUGAUUCUCGAUAAAUGUUAAUUUACACAAAAUCAGGAAUCAAUGUUUUUUAUAUCGGUUGCAGCAUUGUGAGCCACACGUAUUAUUAAAAAGGAUUUUGAGAAGAACUUUGAUUUAGACUUUAUUUGUGCUCCCAUGGGCUCCUUGCUGGGGGUGCUCGAGUGAUGGCUGUGAGCUUAAGGCACGUCUCUCUAUCUUUAAAAGCUGCGUCGAAUCCUACAAAUUCCAGGUAUUUAGGUUGGCCCAUCUGCCUAGUUGUCUUGAAGACACGAGUUCCGAUAAUAGAAGCAAAACUAAAAGCUCUGUCUCUGCUGACCUCUGUGUGGGUCACCCGGGCAGUUGCUAAAUAAGAAACCUCUUUUCCGGGGGUAGGGUGUGGCUUUGUUCUUAAGAGAUGCCAAGACAGGGGAGCCGUGAGACAACAGUUUUGUUUUCUUAGAAAUUUAAUGGAAAACAAGUAGGUCAGGCUUGGGGCUCUCUGUUGGGAAAGGGGUGUCUCAGCCAGCUUGGCAGCUGUAAUGAAACACCGCAGACCUUUAUUUCUCAGUCCUGGGGGCUGGAGGCUAGAUUGAGGUGCCAGCCGACUCAGUUUCUGGUGAGGGCACUCUCCUGGCUUGUAGAUGGCCACCUUUCUGCAUGUGUCCUCACGUACUAGAGGGAGAGAGAGCUCUUGUGACUCUUCCCUUACAAGGGCACUAAUCCCAUCAUGGAGGCCCCACCCUCAAGGCUUCAUCCAAACCUGAUUACCUCCCAAAGGCCCCACCUCCAGACACCAUCCCAUCUGGGGGUUAGGACUUCAACAUAUGGAUGUUGGGAGACACAAGCAUUCAGUCCUUGACAGGAAGCAAAGUGGGGCAGAGGCUGGUGAACAAUGUUUCAUGAGCAGUAGUUUUUGGGGGGAGGUGUUCAGUGUUUCUGCAGAGAGCCCAUGAUCUCUGAUGCUGUGGCCUCUAGCCCUGCCUCUGCUCCCGGGUGGUGCAUGUCCUCUGGGUAAGCAAACGAGCCCCAUCUGUGUGAUGGAAACACCAUCAGAGCCCCCUGUGUGUGACUGGGGAGGCCUCAAUUGAGAUGUCCUGUCACUGAAGCAGAUCUCGAGGUCUAAAACUUCCAUUUUGCAACUGUAGCCCAUUCAAAAGUGAAAACGAGUCAGUCUGAUUACUUUUCAUUGACGUGGCUUAGUUUCCCAUUUAGUGGGUGGAAGUUGUAUUUAUUUUUCCACAAAGUGUGUCUUUGCUGGUGAGACAUCUGGGAGACCUAGGAACUUGUCUUUGAAGACUGUGGAGGGGAAAAAGCAUCCUAGGAAAUUAUUUCUGUCUUUGUACUUGAAGGCAGGGGUGGCUGAGUUCCCACAGCCCUUUCCGCCUGAACAGUCUGAUUCUCUUGCCCAUCUGCUCUGAGCACCCCCAGCUCGUGCCCUUGGAUGACCCCGCGUUCUGGAGGAUGGCCCAGGACGGCACCUUCUCCAUCCACAGCAUGUAGACGUUGCACCCUCACUGCUGCCCUAAAAGGUAGGCUUCACUCUGGGCUCUGUCCCAAGUGGACUUUGGGUGCCAGCCUGGGCUCUCGCCAGGGAGGCUGGUCCUGGGGUCUGAGACUGCUCACGGGUUUCCAGCCGUGGUCGCUCGUGGGCCCAGUUCCCGACCAGGGAACCGGGUCAGUUCUGGGGAAGCUUCAGCUGCUCUAGCGAGCUAGCCAGUGGAGAAGGAGGGGAUCCUCUGCUGGAUGUGGGUUCGAGCUGGGACCUCAAACAUUCCUUCUUUCCCUUUGUUCAAAUGCAGCUGCUCUGUGGCUGGGAGGCCACGGACAGCCGUGGGUUAACCUGCUGAGCCUGGCCCAGGCCCAGGAGCCAUCGCUGCAGGCUUUCACCCGAGUGUCCUCAGAAACCUUCUUCUCAACAGCAGCUCCUGGCCGGGCAUUUCCUGGUGGCCUCGAGGUGUCCUGCGUGGGAAGUUUUGAGGGGGGUUAUGUUGUAAUCUGGGUAUUGGAAACCAUGGUUCCCCCUUUUCACAGGCCGCUAGGCCGGUGUCUUAAGAGAAGCGCUUUGUCAUUUCUGAACCCGACCUCCUGGUUGAAUCAGCACUGCCUGCUGUGCCAGCAGCCCUCUCCCACUGACGUCCGGCAGCUUCAUCUCCUGCGAGGUCUCCCUCUGGCCGAGGUGAGCCGGUGCUCAGAGCCCGGUUGCUGUGGGCAGUGGAUUGGAGAUGGUUUUGUCCUCCCGAGAGAAGGGGGAUGGAGCUGACUCGUGUUCCACCUCCGAGCUCUGCGCCGGCCCUGCACGCGAGGAGCACCUGCGCCGAUGACCGCAGCCCACCUGAGGGGGGCGAGCCCUGGGCACUUGCUCUUGUGUCCAAGAGCAAGAGGUGGGGUGGUCUCUGCAGGAGUUUGGAAUGUUUGGAGGCAGAAUCUGCUCCCACUGUGGCUGAUGGAACCGGGGUUGUUCUUGCCUUUGUGUAACGAGGCAGGGCCAGCCUCUCUCCGCACCCCGCCCCGCCUGCCCUCAUCAUGUCACACCCCCUCCCCGUUCCCUUAGCACUUGGCCCGAUCUUUUCCACUUCUCGAAGCGGGACCCUUUGGCCUGCACUGCUCUCAGAUACACCCAUUUCCACCAGCUCCUAAAAAGUCCACUGUCCUUUCUUUUCUUCCUGCUUUACCUUAUUAUUAACUGAGGUCCAUGCUUUAUUUAGAUGCCCUUAAUUUCACCUAAUGUCUUGUCUCUGUUCAGGGUCCCAUCUGGACACCACAUGACAUUUAGUCACAUCUCCUUAGGGUCCCCAUGGCUCUAAUAGCCUCUCAGACCACCUUGUUUUGGUGACCUUGAUAGCCUUGAGGGGUACGGACAGGUGUUCUGUAGGACACCCCUUGACUGGGAUUUGUCUGACGUGUUUCUCCUGAUGAGGCUGGGGUGGAGGUUUGGGAGGAAGAGCACAGAGGUAAGCGCGCUCCUCAGGUCACGCUCACGGGGCGCCCGCUGUUACCGUGACUCAUCCCUGAUCGCAUGGCCCAGGUGUGUGGCUCACGGUCCCCGCGGCACAGGUGCCCUCUCCGCUCCUUCCACAUUCUGCUCUCUGGAAGGACGUCGCCAGGCACAGCGCACACGCCCCUCCUUUAUGGUAGAAUAACUACCCACUUUGGGUGUUUUUACAAGGAUUUGUCUCUUCUCCCCAUUCAUUUAUUGAUUCCAUCGUUAUAUCGGUAUGGACUCACGGACAUUUAUUUGAUUCUCUGGGUUACAAUUCAGGAUGGCGUCCUUCUUUUUUUUUUUUUUUUUGCGGUACGCGGGCCUCUCACUGUCGUGGCCUCUCCCGUUGCGGAGCACAGGCUCCGGACGCGCAGGCUCAGCGACCAUGGCUCACGGGCCCAGCUGCUCCGCGGCAUGUGGGAUCUUCCCGGACCGGGGCACGAACCCGUGUCCCCUGCAUCAGCAGGCGGACUCUCAACCACUGCGCCACCAUGGAAGCCCCGGAUGGCUUCCUUCUUGAUCACGUUAUCCCAGCUUUCGUGAACGGGAAGCUGUGUCUGCUGGCUGCUGUGUCCCUUUGACCCGUUCCCAUCUCUGGGGUUUAUUUAUUUUUAAAAAUUUAUUUAUUUAUUUACUAUUUAUUUUUGGUUGCAUUGGGUCUUCGUUGCUGCGCGCGGGCUUUCUCUAGUUGCCGCAAGCGGGGGCUACUCUCCUUUGCGGUGCGCGGGCUUCUCAUUGAGGUGGCUUCUCUUGUUGUGGAGCAUGCGCUCUAGGCGUGCGGGCUUCAGUAGUUGUGGCUUGUGGACUCUAGGUCGCAGGCUCAGUAGUUGUGGCGCACGGGCUUAGCUGCUCCGCGGCAUGUGGGAUCUUCCCGGACCGGGGCACGAACCCGUGUCCCCUGCAUUGGCAGGCGGGUUCUUAACCACCGCGCCACCAGGGAGGCCCCUGGGGUUUAUUUCUGAGUUCUUUCUUACUUUCUGGCACCACCUGUGUUCCAGGCUCAUCUUGUGUGUUUCCUGCACUCGUCCUAGAAUCAGCCAUUGCUCCAAGGAGCCCUGGGACCUUUCACUGGGGAAAGUGUCCGAAGCCCAGAUCUGGGCUGCGUGUGCUUGUUGCCAGCGGGGCUGGGGGUGUUUCUUUAGAGCCCUCCAGCUGAGAGCAAAGAAGUACACAUGUAGAUACUGACGCCCAUGUCCAGGGGUCUGUGCUCAGCCGAACCUGGCCUGGCCGACCUCUCUCACUCUGAUGCAUCCUCUCCCCGCUUCUCAGCUGUAAACCCCAUCUCAGGCAGUGGGAAACGCGCUCCCUGCGCCCCCAUCCAUUCCCCAAUUGUUCAGUUGCAGCAGACAAUGUGGGUCAAGGCUGCAGUAGGGGGAGCACAGCCAUGGGGGGGCGGGCCCUUGGCCUUUGGCUUCAGGCCUCCCUCGUUUCCAAAGUUACCCAUGUUAGCAUUCUCCCCUCCCCCUCCAAUUAGUUCCUAACACGUGCUGUUUCUCUUUUUUAAAAAAUAAGUGAUGUAUGAUAUCGCUUAUUUGCGGAAUCGAAAAAGAAAUGACACAAAUGAACGUAUUUACAAAACAGAAACAUACAGAGUUAGAGAACGAACUUAAGGGUGGGGGGC